UCCCUUUGUAUGCUACUCUUGCUAUGGAGAAGAUCGAGGAACAGUUUGCUAAUCUGCACAUUGUUAAACGUUCUUCAGAAAGUAAGGAGUGCACUUACCUGCUUGGUAUAGACACAUCAAAGACUGUACAAGCAGAAAAAGGAAGCUUGGUUGCUGUUUUAUGUUCUACUGGAUCAAUCAGGAUGUAUGAUAAAGAAAGGUUAAAAGUAUUACGAGAAUUUAGUGGACGUCCUGGACUUCUUAAUGGAGUCAGAUUUGCAAAUUCCUGUGACAGUGUAUAUUCAGCAUGUACUGAUGGCACUAUAAAAUGUUGGGAUGCUCGAGUAGCCAGUGAAAAACCUGUCCAGCUGUUCAAGGGUUACCCUUCCAAUAUUUUUAUCAGUUUUGAUAUUAACCGUAACGAUCAUGUCAUUUGCGCUGGUACAGAAAAAGUUGAUGAUGAUGCAUUGUUGGUAUUUUGGGAUGCAAGAAUUAAUUCUCAGGAUUUGUCUACUAUUAGAGACCCACUUGGCACAUAUUCAGAGACACAUAGUGAUGAUGUCACUCAAGUAUGUUUCCAUCCUAGCAAUCCUAACAUGGUAGUCUCAGGUUCAACUGAUGGUCUUGUAAAUGUAUUUGAUAUUAGUGCUGAUAAUGAAGAGGAUGCCCUGGUUACAACUUGCAAUUCCGUUUCAUCAGUAAGCUAUAUUGGUUGGUCUGGGAAAGAUUAUAAACAGAUUUACUGCAUGACACAUGAUGAAGGAUUUUGUUGGUGGGAUCUUAAUCAUCUGGCUACUGAUGAACCAAUUACAUGCUUAGACAUCCAGGAUGUCAGAGAAAUAAUUAAUGUGAAAGAAAACAUUUUGGACUAUCUGAUUGGUGGCUUAUACCAUGAAAAGAUGGACAAAUUGUUUGUUGUCGGAGGAACAAACACAGGAAGGAUUCACUUACUGAGCUGUACCACAUCAGGAUUGACCCAUGUGACGAGUCUUCAGGGAGGGCAUGCUGCUGUGGUCCGUUCUUUCUGUUGGAAUACACAAGAUGAGUCUUUGCUGACUGGGGGAGAAGAUGCACAGUUGAUACUUUGGAAACCUGGAGCUCUAGAGAAGACCUUUGCAAAGAAAGAUAGCAUGAAAAUUGCAUCCUCUGUGCACCAGCGCGUGCGAGUUCACAGUAAUGAUUCUUAUAAGAGAAGAAAAAAGCAUUGAUGUUAAAUUGGGAGUUUAUUUGAUGAGUUUUAUAUUUUCAGGUAAUUUCUGUCUAUUAGCUGUGGUAGACAUGUUUAAAACUUAUAUGUAAAACAAGCCAGUUAAUAAAACUUCCUGGAAAGAAUGUUGAGAAUGGUUUAAUUCAGGUCUUCACUUAUUCUAAAUUUAUUUUGUUAAAGCGAUCAGUCAAGUGUAAAAUCAGCAAGUUGGAAGAAAAAUUAUGUUCUUCAUUUUUAAAACCCAUCUGUUGAGUUAGUAAAUGUUGGAUUUGAAGAAAUAGUUUUAAUAAGGACUCCCGAAGUAGAUGGGUGGUAAGAUGUAAUAAGACAUGUGGUU